GAUGGUCAUUUGUAAGGAAAGUUCCGUGUUUACGCUCACGACGACGUAAACUUGUUCCGACGUGCCACGCGGUACGUGUGGCUCAUUUACUAUGCUAAUGCAGUUUGUUAUAAAAACAAUCAAUACUCGACUGGUGGUGUGUGACUUCAUUUGCUUGGUGCGAAAUCGAAAAACCCCUCCACUGUCGCUAACACGUAGCUCGGAUCCGAUCGAUUUACUUUCAUUUGUUGCCGAUAGGUCGAUCGGGAAGGAAGUUCGAGACAUCGUCGUCGUCGCUUAGAAUCAGUUUAGUGAAGAACAGCAAUCGAUUGUGCCUUUGGUGCCUGGGAACGUGUUGUGUGUGUGUGUUGGUUGGGUAUAAAAAAAACGCGGGGAAAAACACAGUACGUUGUGAGUCUGUGACGUGUGACGUACGAUCAAACGAUAUGAUGCAGCAAAAGUGUCCCAGCAUACCGACCGUGUUUGCCGGAGCGGAUGUGUUCAUUACGGGCGGUACGGGCUUUAUGGGCAAAGUGCUCAUCGAGAAGUUGCUUCGAUCGUGUCCACAGAUUGCACGUGUGUUUGUACUGAUGCGUGCCAAACGGGGCAAAUCGCUAGACGAGCGUCUAAAGCACAUCACGGACGAUGUGCUGUUUGAUGUGCUGAAGAGCAAAAGCCCGGACGCGUUGGAAAAGAUACACCCAAUAGAAGGUGACUGUACGCAGCUCAAGUUGGGCAUGUCCGCCGAAAGUGUGGAGCGCAUGAAGGAGGUACAGUUUGUGUUUCAUGCGGCCGCCAGCGUACGCUUCGAUGAUCCGCUGAAGGAUGCCAUCAUGAUCAAUACCCGCAGCACACGGGAGGUGUUAGAUUGGGCUAAAACGCUUCACAAACUUAAGGCCGUGGUACAUAUCUCCACCACGUACUGCAAUCCGGAGCUGAUGCGCGUGGAGGAAAAAAUCUACCCGCCCAAGAUGGACUGGAGGGAAGCGAUCCGUAUGGCGGAAUCGUUUGAUACGCCCAUGCUGGAGACGUUUAAGGAAAAACUAACACGAUUCGCCCCGAAUACUUACACCUACACGAAGGGAUUGGCGGAACAGAUUUGUUACGAGUAUCGGCACGAUUUACCGCUGGUCGUGUUUCGACCAUCCAUCGUGACCAACACGGAAAGUGAACCACUCAUUGGCUGGGUGGACAAUUUUAACGGUCCCAUCGGGUUGCUGCUUGGUUCUGCGUCCGGCGUUGUACGAGCGGGACUUCUCGAUCUUGAGAAACACAUCAACUGCAUCCCGGUGGAUGUGAGCAUUAAGGCAAUUAUUGUGGCGGCCUGGAAGAGGGCCACCAUGGAUGCACCGGGAACUCUGUCCGUCUACAACAGUGCAGCGGAACCGGAGAAAACGAUAACUUACGGCACCAUGUUGUACGAUGGUAAGGUCCUGUUCGAUCGUACACCGAUGGGCAAUAUGCUUUGGGCCCCUGGUGGUACCACGACAACAAACAAGUACUUCUUCUACCUGAUUUUUUUCUGCUGCCAACUGUUGCCGGCCAUAUUGGUGGAUACACUUUUCCGCGUUGCCGGGCGAGCACCAUUUUUGCUGAAGCUGAAUCGUAAGAUUUUCGAUGCACAAGUUUCGCUCAGGUACUUCAUGAACAACGAAUGGGUGUUUGCAAAUGAAAACUUCAAGGAGCUCGAGCACACAUUAAUGAAGGACGAUCGGAAACAUUUUUCGACCAACUUUUUCUUGUGUGGAAUGAUGGAAUAUUACGCAAGCGCUAUUCUGGGUGGUCGGCGAUAUCUGCUAAAGGAACCGGACGACAACGUUAACGAUGCGCUGAAAAAGUACCGACGUUUGCGUGUGUUAAACUUUGCGCUUAAAGGUACAAUCAUGUUCUUGAUUGUGUACUACAUUUAUAAUAGGUAUCUAGUAUAGGAAGAACUCAUUAUAUAAAAAGCAAAAGAAAAAGGACUUUAGGGAACAACAAUUUUUUCAAAUGUGGACGAGAAUUUCUUGAACAGCAAUCCAAAUCUUACAAUCACUUUAUCCGUCUUUUGCACAAAACACCGAUCAAUUGUGUAUGUGACACUUCCGGCACUAUCUAUAUCGAGCAACAAAUUACCGUUUUCACUACCAUUCGCACUGUGCAGUACGGUUUCCCCCAAAGUCACCGUUUAGAAAUGGGACGGCCGUGCCAAGAAUGAGCAUUAGAAUAGCUAAUCAAUAUGCAAAACAGUGUGUGUGUUUGGCCUACCCGUUUCGCCACUUAAAUCACCAAUGAAUACACAAACAGUGUGGCAUCACAUUUCGAAUGAGCCAGACAACCGUUGAUAAGUAGCAAAGCAAUCGCUAGACCGCUAGAAAAAGGUCGCAUCGUAGCCUGGUACGGGUGGCCAGAUUGCACUUUGGCAGAACCAUGAAUGUGUUAAUUUUCGGCAAACGUUUAGCCGUCGAAGAGUUCCCCAUUUCAUGCUGCCCGUCGUUUGUGUGGUUUUGCUUUGCCCCGAACCGAAACAUACAUGGUUAAGUGGUUUAACGUUGUAUUGCAAUUGAAUUUAAAUACAGUUUAAGCGUGGUUAAGAUUACUUGUGAAAUAAAGUCUAAACGAUUUCAAAAAGAGAAACUA